GCCUACUAAUAUUAAAAUCUAUUUAGAUUCUGUUAACUAAAGUUAGUAUUGCCAUAACUCAGAUUUCAUAAUACAAUUAAUACACUUAGCAUACAACGCUGUAAUGGCUAGACAUUCUUAUUUUCCUUAGGUCAAAGUAUAUAUUUGAAAGCAAAUGUUAAAUGUAAGAUUUAGCUAUGGAUAUGGAAGAGUACAAUUAAAGAGUACAUUGAAAAAUGAUGCUAUGGAUGAGAGAAAAAUUUGCUGAGCGUCGCGCUAAAUGGUUAGCUGCCCGUAAAAAAUCUCAUCCAUCUGAAGAUGGGGAAGAGACGGCUACCGAAACUAGCUCUAGCAGUAGUUCUCCGAGACGGAAUAUAGACCAGUCAAAAUCAUGUAUAAUACCUUGUGCUUCAGUUCCGCCUAGCGACAUUAGCCAGCACCAUAUCAAUUCUACAUCAUGUAAUCCUGCUAACACGGCAACUAUAAACUCAUCUACGCGGUUACCGGUUUUAAAAAACGCCCGUCGAUCGUCAGCAUCUUCAAAUUUGGACGCUGCAGUAAGUUCCGAAGAAAUUGUCCGAGGUCCUGCCGUUAAAGAACCCAUUAAAGUACGCAUUAUCUGUCCUUCAGCGCGAGUAUUGGCUUUUCAAACGGAAACUACAAAACGUUUAAUGGAUUUAAAAAAUGAAGUCAUCCUAGAAUUGGCCGAUGAUUUAGCUUCAAUACCUUUAUUUGCACCCGAUGUACGUACGUUAGGACCACGCUUUCGCUUAGUAAAAGCCGAUUAUCAAGGUGUUGAGCUAAGCGAACAACAAACUUUGAGUCAACUUAACAUUACCAACAAUGAACUGUUGGUAUUGGUUUUUAAGCAUAAUAAUUUACAACAAAUCAUAACGCAAACCCGAGAAACACGCUCUGCACCUGAUGUCGAAAUUGAAGCGGCCACACGCUCAGUGCCUGCUAGGCAAGGCGACUUACCUAUGGUUGAUUUAAAUGAGAUAUUUCAACAAUCAAAUUUACAAUUCGAUGUACGCAAAGUAUUAAUUUCUUUGGCUCAAGCGUCCGCCGCAAUUAUUGGAAGUGGUCCAUACGCCAAUCGUUUGAUAGCCAUGCUUAAACAAAAAUUAAUUAAUAAACGUAACUAUCAAAAUGAUACUCUACAGUGCCUUGUGGACAUGGGUUUUAAAAAGGAACGAGCCGAAUACGCUUUAAAGAUUCACAACAAUGUUUAUUCCACGGCUUUGGAAUGGUUGAUACAGCGUCAAAGUGAGGAUUCAAAGGUAGAAGAUGCAGUUAUGGGUUUACCGAAAAGUACUUCAAUCUGUUCACCUUCGACCAUAAUAUCAAAUGAUAGUCCUGUGGAAAAUGUAGCGGCCUUAUUAGAAAUUGUCAGAAUAUAUAGCCAUCGCGAAAUACCACCUACUGCAGAUUCUAUACAAAAUCUGGUAGAGAUGGGUUUCCAUGAACCAGAUGUAAUAUUAGCUUUGAAAAAGACCUGCAAUAAUAAAGCGGCUGCCUGCGAGUGGUUAUGCGGUAAUCGAACUGGCAGUUUGGUAGAGUUACGAGAAGGCUUAUCAGAAGAUUCCCCCGUCUUAAAAUCAAUUCUAGAAUUGCCACAAGUUCAAUUGUCAUUGGGUAACCCCAAAGUGUUCCUCGCCUUUCUAGCAAUAUUGGAAAAUGAACACAGUUUACGUGUUUGGGGUGGCAAUGAUACCAGUUCCGUUAUCACUCAAAUCUUGCAGAAAUAUCAUGAAGAGAAACAUGUUAUGGGUAUAAAUCAAUUUUAUAGCAGCCGAUAGUAUAUAAAAGAUUAUAAAUAAUUUCGAAUAUAUAAAAUGUUUCCUU